UGGCUGACUGACAGCAGCAUGACUACUGGGCGGGCCCUCGUACAAGUCUGUGUAUGGUUGGGGUUCUGUGAUAAUUUUGUAGGCCAGUGCUUUCAAACAUUGAUGUGGUAUAUUUUAAAAUAAAUAGCCAUGCAAAUGGAUUCAUGAAGAUACUGAAUACGUUCGAAACACGAAUCUGAUGUCAAGAGCUGUUGGGGCCAAGAAUGCAGGAGAAGCGCAACGUGCAAAUCAUAGAAUGGGAAGACCUGGACAAGAAGAAGUUCUACUCCUUCGGGGUGUUUAUGACUAUGACCAUCCGGGCGGGUGUGUACCCGGCCACGCUGAUCCGGACCCGGCUUCAGGUGCAGAAAGGGAAGAGUCUUUACACCGGGACCUUCGAUGCCUUCUUUAAAAUCUUGAGGUCCGAGGGGGUCCGCGGACUUUACAGGGGAUUCCUGGUCAACACGCUCACGUUGAUAUCCGGACAGGGUUACAUCACCACCUAUGAACUGGUUAGGAAGUAUGUGUCCACUUACACCUCGAACAAUACUGUGAAAUCUCUCGUGGCAGGCGGGUCUGCGUCCCUCGUGGCUCAGAGCAUCACAGUUCCUAUUGAUGUGGUCUCGCAGCACCUCAUGAUGCAGGGACAGGGAGGCGACAUGGGCCGAUUUAAGGUGAACGCCAAAGGGGUACGACCUGCAGAGCACAAAAUGACAUUCGGACAGACGAGGCACAUUAUCAUUCAGAUUUUCACAACCGACGGCUUUAGGGGAUUCUACAGAGGGUAUGUGGCCUCGCUGUUAACAUACAUCCCCAAUAGUGCUGUGUGGUGGCCUUUCUACCACUUCUAUGCAGAGCAGCUGUCCAACUUGGCACCCGCUAACUGCCCACACCUCCUCCUUCAAGCCAUGGCUGGUCCUAUGGCAGCCACGACAGCGUCUACAAUCACAAACCCUAUGGACGUAGUGAGAGCCAGAGUGCAGGUUGAAGGCAGAUCAUCUGUGAUUGAGACAUUCAAGCAGCUCAUAGCAGAAGAAGGAAUGUGGGGCAUGACUAAGGGGCUGUCAGCCCGGAUCAUCUCCUCCACACCUACAGCCAUUGUCAUGGCGGUCGGGUAUGAAACCCUGAAGAAAAUGAGCCUCCGACCGGAGCUUGUGGAUUCCAGACAUUGGUAGACUGCAAGAGGAGGAAAGGCAGAAAGAAAGCAAAACCGAUUCCAUGUUCUCUGUGCACAAACACCCUUUUUAUGUAUGCUGGCCUUUUAACUUUGUUGCCUUGUAAUAGAAAUAGUAGAGACAUGUUUUAAUUAUUUUUAAGAGAGGCUGACAUGAAAAAUAUAUGUUAUGUAUGUAACUGGAAUAGUUUUAACCCUGUUGCAUUGCAUCCAGAAUACUGGGGUUAAUGGACCAGACACUUUUAAAAGUUUUUUUUGUAUAUAUAUAUAUUUUUUUUUGAAAGGAUCUCACAAUCAAAGUAUAUUUCAAUACAUUAUUAUUAAGCUUUUGUUUGGUAAAUUGGACACUCCAAAUGGAUAAAUAGAACUGAAAAUAGUUCUAUGUGUAUGUGUAUUCCUUACCAGUUAUUGAUUCCUACAACCCAUAAUUACAUCUAUUUGUAUAAUUAAGCAAUCUAUUGUACAUACUCCCUCCCCUCCCCCCAGCAUCGCAAAAGUAGAGGGAAAGUUGAAAGUAAAAAAAAAACACAUUACCCCCAAAUUAACAUCAAACUAGUUUUUUUUUUUUGUUUAAAAGCUGCAUUUUAAUACUGGGAGGAAAAUCAGUAAAAAGAAAACCCACCAGAUGUGUUAAAACCAUUUUAAAUGGUUUAAUUAUGUGUAUGAGCUGCAGUGUGUAUAGUGUACAAUUUAAGUGUUUCUUUGAAAGCUUGUUAUUCAUAUAACUUAAAUGGCUUGUAUGUUUGAUCUGAACAUGUGUAUAUGAAUCCACAAUUGUGAGGGAAUGAACAGGCACAGUAACAUGUUGAUAACAAAGGCUUCCCCCAAACCCCCCCUGCUGACUCCUAAUAGAGGAGCAUAAUCAUUCACCAGCGCACAUCGGUGCAAUUUGCCAUGCUAGUUGCACUAUUGUGCAUUUAUAUUCUUUACAUGUUGCUCAAGUCUUAAUAUAACAUGAGCUGGUUUCAUAGACCCUGACUAGCACAGAUCUCAGACUACAUUGACCACAGUAUCAUCAGGCUGUCCAAGGUUAGUGCUGAUUGAGGUCUGUGAAUCCAGCCAUUUAAAUACGCCCCCUUCGAGCAGAAGCACUCCAAAUCACAACCUUCACAGUCCAUUCAGAUACUGUAGCAUCACCUCUAGAAUAAAAACAAUGUUCUGUAUCGGUAGCAGUAGCUUUAUCUGAACCCCUUAAACAGCAAUGCACGAUUUAGCAUUCAGGAGAAAAAAUAAUAAUAUUAUAUAUAUAUAUAUAUGCACACACAUAUAAAAACUGUUACGGGUCAGCAUUUUUUUGUGUUUUAGCAGUACUUAUGUUGGUCACUAGGUGGGGCAAUAGAUACCAAUGAGAUUCUAAAUGUAAUUCUUGUUACUUUUAAGGAACCUGUUUAAAUAUUAUUAUUGUGUGAUAUAUACCAAAUAGGAAAUUGUCAAUGGACUCCCUUACUUUCCAUAAUUUAGAGACUAAGCACUUUUUACAGCACAUUUUCAAUGUCAUUUGUGAAUACUUCUAAUGGUCCACAGAUAGGGUUUAAUUUGUUUUAUUUGCAGUUUGUUUAAUUAACUACUCUAAUGUUUAUUAGGGGGUUUGGUGAAAGCAUGUAUUGUAAUGUGAAAUACAUUUGUCAUAAUUACAUGGUAAUAAAAAUGUUAGUCAAAUGAA